AUGGGCCGCACAAAAAAGUCCUGUCCCCAGCAACCACUGCGCAACAGCCAGACACCUUUCCGGGCUGGCCCGAUGGAGCAGUUCCUGACCACGUUGGCAGAGCUUGCGGGUACUGCGGCCGCACACCACGUGGAAAUGUCCUCGGAGCCCGACAGCCCGGGACCCUCUGAGAUUAGCGAGGCAGCCUCACCCUACCCCAUGUCGCAGCUGAGAGCGGACCUGCGUGCCAUCUCACAGGCGAUGUUCACUAAAACAGAUGCAGGGGCUCUGGAGGCCUCCCUUAAAGGUACAAUCUGGGCAGAGCUAGCAGCAAUCAGGCAGGUUAUCAUUGCCCUCCAGGAUAGGGUGACCACACUGGAGGCUGUAGCUACCACCUCCACCCAGCAACAUCAGGCUGCAGAACUAGCAGCCACAAGGCAGGGGAAUAUGCUGCUGGAUGUAAGGAGGCAGGUAGAAGACCUAGACAAUAGGGGCAAGAGGUGCAAUAUAAGGAUCCAGGGCCUACCUGGCAGCAUGCAGGGGGAACCGCUAGAGGCCAUGCUGCAAACACUCUUCAACUUUAUCCUGGGAAAUGAAGACCCAGAGACCUUCCAACUGGGCCAUGUGCACAGGGCCUUCCGCCAAACCAGGUCAGAUGGCACGCCCCAGGACAUAGUGUGCUGCUUACACUCGUUCUAA